ACGCGUUUCUUGCGGACGUCCAUCCCCCAUCCCGUUUCAGUCGCGGGGUUCGGCUCGACUUCUCUGGUCACCUUGGGGCUAGACAGGGCGACGAUAGGCGCAGACGAGCUUUCAAACAUAUUUGCAAUAUUCCCAAAUCUCCUCGAGCUGUAUAUUGGGGCGGAAUGUUACAUUAUCGACACAUGGGCUCUCGGACCCAUGAAAAUAAGGGAGGAUACGCGACGAGCACUGAACAAAAUAAAGUUGAAGAAGCUCGCCAUCGGUUCUCUUUUGGUUGAUCACGAACCGGUUGUGGGAAUUGUGGGCCUCGGACCAAUUUCCACAAUUACGACGCUCGAGCUUAACUUCCUGCAGUGUCAGCGGUUCCCUACUGCGAAGAGGGUCCUUCGGGAGUGUGGACCUCGACUGGAAAAGCUUGCAAUUGAUCUCACAAAUUUCAAUUUCAUCUUGAACACGCGUAAGGUCCC